CAAUGCCAUUCGUGUCAACAGUUUGAUCCGCGUGCUAUUAAUGUGGGAAAAUGGGUCUCAAAUGAAGAUCACCCACCGUUGGGACGGGACGGACAGCCGGUAGACAUCGCCAAAGGGGUGGUAUUCCUGGCCUCAAGCGACGCCUCAUUCAUAACCGGCGCUAAUCUGGUGGUCGACGGCGGGCUUAUCUAUAAUUUAGGAUAACUAUAU